AUGCCAAUUAGAUAUGUAGAUGUACUAACAGUGGAGCAAGCAUUAAUUAAAGCUGGAAAUGGACACAAAUUCUAAAUCAGGGCCAUCGUUAUAAUGAGCUUGCAGUAUAUGGUAGCAGGGAUGUUUCAUAUUGCUAUAACGGAAUUGUAUUUCCAUCAAACCCAAUAUAAAUGCAUCGACUAGCAAUAUAACUUUUAUUAGUGCAAUGAAGCCGAUUUUUGCAAAUAAUAUUACAGAGAGGACAUAGACAAAGAGAAAAUCACAUUUGCAUCUCAAUUGGGAGACAUAAUUCAAUUCUUUUAAUUAGUUUGCGGUGACAAAAUUAUUAUAUUAAUACUCGUUACUUCAUAUUAUUUGGGUGGAUGUAUAGGCUCCCUCUAUUAUGGAGAGCAGAUGGAAAUUCGACAAGGCAGAUAUAUUAGAUCAAUUAUGAUUGAAACCUUGGCUUUAUUGGGUUUCACCUGUUGUCUAACAAUCCUAAUACCGAAUGCGUACUUAUUAAGUGUGGCUUUGUUUUUUGCUAAUUUCUUUUUGAGAGGAUUCUUGAAUUCCUCUAUGAUUUUAUUUUUUGAAAUAUCAUCUGAGAAUCUGUAAAAAUUAAGUCCUUCAAUUUUAUUGACGACCUAUGGAAUUGGGACUAUUAUAUCACCAGUGAUUAUAGAAUCGUUUUAACUAAAUUGGUAAUAGAGUAUGUUAAUUCUAUUUGGUGGACCAGCUGUUAUGUUUUCAGUUCUCAUUAAGUUCAUGCAAGAAUCACCAAGAAUGCUAGUCAUUAAAAAGAAAUAUCACGAGGCUAAAAUAGUAAUCCAACUAAUCAGUUAAUGUAAUGGGAGAGAAAUGCCCAAGGAUUGGAUGUUAGAAGAUGAAGUAAAAGUCAAUGAACUUAAAGGAAAGAUAGAAGAAAUUGCUUUAUAAUUUGGCGUAAGGGAAGUGGCCAAAGCUUACAAUUUCUCCUCAAUUUUCCGUUAUAAUUCAACCAGAGUUAGAAUGUUCUGUCUUCUUUACUUAUAUUCAGUGAUCAUCAUUGGAUAAUUUCAAACCUCUAAAGAAAUAGAUGCAUUUUCCAGAUUGGAUAGAUAGAAGACUGAGUUAUUGCUAUCAACUGUAGCAACAACAGGCUAUCUUAUCAGUGGAUAUGCAAGUUUGAACUACAACAGAAAGGAUGUCUUGAAGAUUGUUUUAGGAGUUAGUGCCUUAUUCAAUUUUCUUUAUGCAGUUUUUCCAAUCUUUCAAUUAAGUACAAAUGCCAUAGCCUUGAUCUCCUUCUAUGAUAGAUUGAUGCAUACGAUAGUCAUGAUGAUUCUCAUUAUGAGCAGAUUAGUCUUGAGUUUUGGGUGUGCCUUCAUUAAUAUCUAUGCCUUAGAAGUAUUUCCUACAUCUUUGAGACAUUAUGGUUUUUCUGGAAUGGUCUUUUUGACUGAAUUUCUAUUCAUUUUCUAAGAGACUUAUGUAGUCUUUUGUCAUACAUUUGGAUUGAAUACAUCCAUAGGUAUGUUCUUUUUAUUGUUGUUUGGAAUUCUAACGCUGAAUAAAUUGCGAGAAACAUAUGAUCAACCAUUAAGAGAGAAUGUUGAAGAAAUGAACGAUGAAUUACUUAACAAUGUAUAUGUAUUAUGA